AUGAGUUCUAAUUCUCGAGUAGACGGCCAAUGUUUGAGGGAUCAAAUGGCCUCAUUGCUUAAAUUGAAGCAUGAACUUACAUUUGAUUCUUCCAUGCCAAAGAAAAUAGUUAGGUGGAAUAGAAACACUGAUUGCUGCUUGUGGUCGAGUGUAAGUUGUGACGAAGAAGGUCACGUGCUUGCUCUGGAGUUGGACAACGAAGCCAUUUCUGGCGGAGUUGACAACUCAAGCAGCCUCUUCGAUCUUCAACAUCUUGAGAAGCUCAAUCUGGCUUAUAACGACCUACGUUCUCUUCCAAUACCAACAGAUAUUUAUAAGCUUGCAAACUUGACGUACCUGAAUUUGUCACAAGCUGGUUUUGAAGGGCAGAUUCCAGUGGAAUUGUCAAGAUUGACGAAGUUAGUAGUUCUUGACAUUUCUACUUAUAAUGACAUUGUAGGUUUUCCUUACUCUUUAUUAAGUCUAGAGAGCCCCGAUUUGGGGACACUCGUUGGAAGUCUAGCAAAUCUUAGAGAACUUUACCUUGAUGGUGUGAAUGUUUCAUUGAAGGGGAGUGAGUGGUGCUUGGCGUUAUCUUCAUCUCUACCUCAAUUGAGAGUCUUGUCAAUGAGAUACUGUGAAAUUUCAGGUCCAAUUGAUCCUGUCCUGGUAAAUCUUCCUUUCCUUUCUGUUAUUCAUCUCGAUAUGAAUAACUUGUCCACUAUGGUUCCAGAAUUUUUGGCAGAUUUUACGAAAUUGACAACUUUAAGUGUUCGAUGGUGCAAUUUGUUUGGUCCAUUUCCCAGUUAA